AUGCCGUCAAAAAUUAUUCUAUGUAUUCUUUGUGGAAAAAAAAGUCGUAGUGCUCGUUCAAAAUACACCAAGAUAUGCACAAGUGAAAGAGAAGAAAAAAUACGUGAAGGUUAUCGACGUCGGCAUGGUAAAGAAUUAAAUACUUCACUUUUAAAUCAACAAGUGCAUGUUGUUUGUUACAAGUCACUUGUCUUUGACUUGGUACCCGUGUCGACCAUUACCAAGACAGGACGACCGAGAAGAAUAAAAAACUGUUCUAGUCAAGCUUCAAAUUUUAGUACAGCUUUAAUCGAUAUUACAAAUAAUGUAUCAUCAGCUACAUCUACAUCUCAUUUUACAAACAACAAAAAUAAUUCACUCAACACUUCGUUUUUAUUUCAAAAUCGAACAUGUGGUCUGAAUGCUUUAACUCCUAUUGACAUUUGUUUUGAUGACGAGAAUGAAAAUUCGAAGUUGAUCGAAAAAAUGUCUAAAAAAAAAAACUUCAGCUCUAUUUCGUUCAGCACAUCGAACUCUAUUUUUACUCAUCAAUCAGUUAUUGAUCUAUCAAAUCAAGAUAUUUCUGUCACUAAAAUUGUCGACUCUGAUUCAACAGAAACAACAGAUGAAGAUUUGUCGAUCAACAUGGAAUAUCAAUCUUCAACAUAUAGUUCAUCAUAUACACCAGCAAAACAAAAUCUAACAUUGUCAAAAUCUGAUGAUACAACAACUGCAUCAAGUAGUACGACAAAUGAACAGUUAUCACCGUAUACAAUGCACAGCAUGUCACCAAAUGAUAUUCUUGAUGAAGUAGAAGACAACAAUAUACAAACAUCAAUCAAUAUUCCAUCAGUAGAGACACAAUCCAUUUGCUCCAGUACAAGUACAACAUCAAAUGAAACUAAAUUGAAGUUAACAACAGAAAAAGUAUCUGCAGUUGAUGUUAGUGGAGAUGAUUGUCCAAUUGUAAUGGACAUUAACGAUGAUAAUCUUUGUGAAAUUAUUAUUGAACGUAAAUAUAUUAAGAAAGUACGAUGUCGUUCAAAACGAAUUCAUGCACAAAAUUCAACUCGUUCCAAGUACCAUUUUCGUCGAUCCAAGUCUAGAAGUCAAACGGCUGCACCAUUUCCUGAUGCAAGUGAAACAAAUUGUUUAUAUUCUAACGGUUUCGAUGAACUUUGUGCUUGGUUACUGUCAAUAGUUCGUACUGGAUCACUGGUAUCUAUGGGAGACAUAGCCGAAGAAUAUAAACUUAUACUGAAUCGACGUCAAGAGAGAAUCACAAAUGGCAUGCUUCGAACCACUUCAAUUCGUUCUCGUCUCAUAAAUAAACUCGGCAAUAUUCUGCAUUUCGAAAAAAUAAGUAACUACGACGUGAAUUUUUUGGGAAAUGAGAUUUUUCGACAUAAAAGAUCAAAACAAUUAUUAAGUAUCACCAAUCGACUAGGUCAUACACCGAGCUACAACACAAUGGUACGUCUUCAUCAAGAUGCAGCGUAUAAUAGUAGAAGAAAAACUGAUCCAUUUGCUAUUCUUCGACAAAAUAAAAAAUCAUCUCAAUAUUUACAUGAUUUUGCAGUCAAAGUUGCUGAUAACUUCGAUCUCAAUCCAGAUACACUAUACGGUAACAACAGCAUUCAUAUUUUGAAUCAAAUUAUUGUCUCAACGAGUGAAAAUGAUGAAAUUCCAACUAUAGUUGCACAUAUUCUUGAUGAUGUAUUAGAUGAAAUAGUCAAGUCAAGUGGUUCUGUUUCAUUCAAUGCUCCACAAACUAUUAUAACGAUCUCAAUUGAUAAUUCUUCUUUCUCGUACAAAAUGUUUACUGAUACUUCUCUGUUUCUACCAUUAUUUGCUUAUGCACUAAUUAAAUAUUCAAACGAUAGUACCCGCAUUCAAAAUAAUUGUUUUUCAUAUAUUCCACCUGUUCUAAUACCACUUAUGUCAGGGUUUUUUGCCACUUAUCUACCUUCAGAACUACAUCCACCUCAUACUGUAUCAUACCUUACACCUAUUAAUAAAGAUCCAAGCUCCGAAUUAACUGCUGAAAUAUGUCUUGAUGAUACAAAAAGUUUAUUAAUUGAUUCUCAGCAUCAAAAAGAAGGAAUACUGGUGGUAAAACGUCGAAAACCCAAUCUUUUUCAAAAUAUUUUUGUGUAUGUUGGAGAUUUUCACUUGAUGAAAAACAUGAUGAAAGUUAUUUGGAGUAUUCUUGAAGGAUCUGGAAUUGAAAAUAUACUUGAAACUAUGUACAAAAGUUCUACUUUACGUGGAAUACUAGAUGUUCAACAUUUUAACAGAAGUUUGAGAUGUUGUAAAUUACUUUAUACUGCUUUGCAAAUACUCUUACUUGAAGCAUUUAUUUCGGAUACAAGCUCGACUACAUCAACAAUUAAUGAUCUACAACAUUUAAAAAAGAGAAUGGAGCAAAUGCCGUCUGAGUUCGUGAAAUAUGAGAUUUCACAGAAGUGGUUCCAAAGUCUACUUGACGAUAUUCGUCAGACUAAUAUUUCAACAUCUCUUCACGAAUGGACAACUGAAUCAGCAGCUAAAAAUUCGACAUAUCGUCUUUGGUCCUUUGUCCUUCGUCGCCUAUUGGAACCACUACUCGAAUUAUAUAUGUCUAUUCGAACUGGUAAUUUUUCGGCAAGAAAUGCUGCUCUGAAUAGGUUUGCACCAAUAUUUUUUUCUACAAACCAUCGUAAUUACAGUCGAUUAUGUGCACAGCACUUAGUGGAUUUACAGACUUGCUCGUCCUAUUUAUUCAAACGUAUGUCAUGUGCAUUUGCAGUUACUCGUUCUCGAAGAAGAUUCUCAAGUAUCGCACUUGAUCAAAUGAUUGAAUGUACCAUUAACAAGCACGGGAAGAGUAAAGGUGGUAUUAGUGGCUUAUUAAAUGAAGAAGCAAUCAAUACCUGGACAGAUUCAUUUGCAUUUCGUGCUCUUAUUACGUCAAAUUUACAUGAAAUUUGUGGUUUGGAAACUGAUGAUAAUUCUAUGGAGGCUCAUGUGGAAUGUUUACAAAAUAGAAAAAUUUCGGAUGAUGGUGAUUUAUCGAUGAUAGUAAAAAAGCUUCGUAAAGAAAAUAUAUUUACAAUGGUCAAUGUUAAGUGUCAUAAAUUACAAUCUGGUCUUAUUAUUCAUGAUGAUAUUAUUUCAAGUAUAACAUCAUUAUACGAACGUGGUGAAAAAGCAUUAAAUACAUUCAUAUAUGAACGACUUAUUACUAAGGUGGUUCCAGUGGAUAUUCCACUGAAAGCAAUGCCAUUGUUAAAACUUGCAUUAGCAGGUACAUACGUGCCAGGUAGCUCGUAUGUGAAGAAGAAAGGAUCUACAAGUUCUCAAAAUAUUAAAAAUUUUGACACUUUGGUUAAACUGGCUGAUGAAGAAAUCCGUCGAACAGUUAUAAUUGCUGAACAAAGAAAUAUUAAACCACUUUCACUAUUAUUUGCCCAUGAAUUUGCACCAACAUCAUUUGCUCUUUGUGACACAUCCAAUGUCAAUUUUUUAAAUCAACAAACAAAAUCUAAAGUUAUUGAUUUCUUAUAUAAUAUGUACCCAUCAUCAUUGUCUUCAUCAUGUCCAAUCUCCACCAAUGAAAGUGCAAUUGUUAUUGAUGGUGGCAGUCUAUUCGAAACAAAACCCCAAUUGCAUGUUCAAACUAUUAGAGAAUAUGCUAUUCAAUUACUCGAAGUUAAUCUUGCAAGUCUAUUUAAAACACAUAAUCGCAUUGAUGUUGUAUUUGACUCGAUUGAGAGUAAAACAAUUAAAAUGUUUACCAAAAGAUAUGAAAAUGAUGCAGAAAAAUGUGUUUAUCAUUUAAAGGGUGACGAUAGAUUAGAAUCUCCAUUUUCAAAAUUUGUUCAUUCGAAUCGAGCAAGUCUUGCUGCUUGUGUUAAAGAAUGUUGGAUGGAGCCAAGAUUAACAAAACUAUUACCUAAAGGUCGACUUCUGGUGGUUGGUGGACCUGAUGAUUCAACAAUUAAAUUGCAGAAUGAUUCUGUACCUAUACCAGAUUAUAUUCUUGAAUCAACACAAGUUGAAGUUGCAACACGUCUAAUAUUACACACAAAUAUUAUUAGUCUUGAUCAACAACAAAAUAGUGUAUUAAUUCAAUCACCAGAUCCCGAUGUUGUAUUAUUGGCAAUCGCAUUCAGUUCAUCUAUUAUUCUUGAUCAUCUUGUGGUUAAAUUGUUCAACACACAUACAAAGAACAACAUAUAUGUCGACGUAAAAUACAUUUCAGAUGAUCUUCGUCGUCAAUCCAUUGAUCCCAAAGUCUUGCUUGUCUUGCAUGUUCUAUCAGGAUGCGACACUACGUCAUAUAUUAGAAAUAUUACCAAGGAAAAAUUUUUUCAACGUUUUUUUGGUAAUCCUCUUCGCUAUUCAUCAAUCACAAAUUUAAUUUAUGUACCACCACCUCAAGAUGCGAUUGAUAAAGCUGAAGAGCUUCUUAUCAAUUGUUAUCCAUUCAAUUUGAUACCUAAAUCGCUUAAUGAUCUUCGUGGAAUGAUGGCUUCUGUACGAAUAAAAGAUCGGUCUCGAAAGAAUAUCGCUGCAAGUCUUCCUCCUUCAACCAUGGCGUUUCGAGAACAUUGUUUGAGAUGUUCGAGACAGCUGAAAAUAUGGCUGAGUUCGAUUGAAUCACAUUCCAUUCCACCUGCAAUGUCUAAUAAUGGUUAUGAAUAUUCGUACGUUAUUGAUCGAUUCAAAAUCAAAUGGUCAACAUUAGGUGAUCAAUCGAAUGAUUAUCGUCUAGCAACAUGUGGUGAUUGCAAAGGAGGUUGUACGCGUUGCAAGUGCUAUAAAAAUAAUUUAUCGUGUACAUUUUAUUGCAAAUGUGAUCAUAAUAUUUGUUCAAAUCGUCAUACAUAUAAUGUAUCAAUUGACCAAUUGAACGAACAAGAUUCACAUCAGUUACAAUCAACAAGAGCAUCAACAGAAGAUGAUAAUGAACGUAGUAUAAUUUUGAACGCAUCGCAGUCAAACAGCAUCAACAAUAAAAGUAUUGCUGAAUCUGAUUUCGACGUGGCCUUAAAUCAAUCAUAUGAGAACUCUCAACUGGAAUGCUCAAACAUCGAUCUAUCUAAACCGAUCAAACGUGCUCUGUUUUCAAGUAUUAAGCAUGAUCAUACUUAUUGCUUAAAUGAUCAUGUUGGAAUGGAAUCUCCUAAACGUCGAAGAUUUUCAUCAGUAUCUUUGGAUUCUAUUGAUGGUCAACUUAUAUUUCAGUCACCUUGUGCAUAUUCUUCUCCGAAACAUGACAAGACAAUACAUCCUCGAACACAAACAACUUUUAAAACACCUUUACCACCAACAACAUCAACACCUCGUUCAACAGCUCGUUUUAGAAAGUCUUAUGGAAAAGCAAAACCUCGUGAUCGAAUAAACCAUUAUUGA